AUGGACGUAGGGUUCUUCGCUAUCGCCUUUCCGCCGGGGCUGUGCCGCGGGGCCCCGCCGGACCCGCAUCCACAACGAGGGGACGACGCCUUCCUGGCGCUGGGCACCGCGGCCGGCGCCGCGUCUCCCCCGCAGGCUCCGGGGUGCGCGGCCGCUGCCCCGGCGGCGCCGGGCCCCGGCUGCCGGCCGUCCCGGGCAGCCGGACCGCCGGGCUACGCUACGUCCAUCCUUCCCGGGAGCGGCCGCCCGCCGCCGCCGGACCCCGACCGCCUCUGUCCCUGCCUCGGCGGGGACGGUGCGGGGCUGCGGCACCUCUCGCCCUGCCCCGGGGUCGCCCCAGCGCCCGGCUCCCCGGCUCCCGAGGCGGCCCCGACGGAUCCCCGCACCUUCGAGUGGAUGCGAGCGAAGCGGAGCCCGCCCGGGAGAAGCGGUGCGGCGCCGUGCGGGGGGGAGCCUUCCGCUUGCUCCGCACGCACCAGCUUCAGCACCAGGCAGCUCACGGAGCUGGAGAAGGAGUUUCACUUCAGCCGGUACCUGUCGCGGGCCCGCCGCCUCGAGGUGGCCCGCUCGCUGCGCCUCCGCGACGCCCAGGUGAAGGUGUGGUUCCAGAACCGCCGCAUGAAGCAGAAGAAGCGGGAGCGGGAGGCGCUGACCGACCCCGCCGCAGCUCCCGCGGGGGUCCCGGGCGGCCCCGCCUGA